CCCCUUGCCCUGUUCCAAACUCUGAUUAGGUAUUCAAAGUGAAUCAUGCGAGCGGUCCCGAUUUCAUCGGGACAGGCACGCUGCGUACAUGCAUUCAGUCGGAUUAAUACAAUUCCUGAUCCACGCUCAACUCAGGGAAAGUUUUUGAUAUUUAUAAAACCGGCGGUGGUGAUAUAGACGGGAAACACACCAAACGGGAUUGUUUCAUUUCAAUCCUGUGAUUGGUUUUGUUUGACAGAAAAUCUUGGGAGCAAAAAGACGCGGCGAAAUGGAAAACGCUUUCUUCACAUACUUCAUUUUGUUUUUAACGUUUGAAUGGGGCCAAGGAAGAGUGGUCAAGGUUUCCGAGGGCCCUUUGGUGCGUGUGGAGGGGCAGGAGGUGUUCAUCCGCUGCACCGUGUCCAGCUACGAGGGUCCGAGGGAGCAGGACUUUGAUUGGAUGGUGGUGCAGGGUGACAAGAAGAUCCAUCUCAUCUCGACCUUUGAGCUCCGCUACACGGACCCCUCUGUACAGGACCGCGUGGACAGCGGCGACAUCAGCAUGGUGCGGCAGGCCGACGACACCAUGGACCUCCGGAUCCGCAACCUGAAGGCUACGGACAGCGCCAUCUACCGCUGCAGCACCCCAAGCACCGACGCCGUCAUGCAAGGGAACUACAAUGCUGACGUCGAGCUGAAGGUCAUCGCUGACACCCUGAAGGUGACACCGGUGGUUCCCCCGGCGACGGUCCACGAGGGCGGACCCAUCGAUCUCCGCUGCAGCGUGACCCUGGAACGCGUGGAGAACACCUACCUGUCAGUCGCCUGGUCCGUCAGGAAUGGCUCCUCCUCCCGAGACGUCCUGACCUUGGAGCCCGAGCCGGGUGUCACCGUGGAGAGCAACUACCGCCAGCGUCACGCGGAUGGGGGCCUGCGCCUGGACCUCCCGGGGGGCGGGGUCUACGGCCUCCGGCUGACCGAGGCAGUGCCUGCGGACCAGGGUGUUUACGAGUGCACCGCCACGCAGUGGGUCCGGGAGCAGGGGCAGGUCUGGACCGCAAUCCUCCAGAAGAAGGUGGUCUUGGGGGAGGUUCGGAUCACGCCUAUAUCUCAGUCACUAAUGGUCACGAUGGAAGGUGACCGCACCCUCAGUUUGGACGACGUCCUCAAGCUGACCUGCACCGUCGCUGCUGAUAACCUCGAUGACCUCGGCCUGGUGGUCACCUGGUCUGUCAGCGGCCCCACCGACUCGCGGAUUCUGGCCCGUGUGAACCAGUUUGGGGUGGUAGCCGACCCGUCGGACCUGGUGGGAGUCAGCCGGGUGAGCACGGGGGAGUUCCAGCUGCUCAUCCGCGGUGUGGGGCAGUCCGAUGCGGGGCAGCACUCCUGCUCUGUUGCGGCCUGGAUCCAAGAGACCGGCGGGAACUGGUACCUGGCUGCAGAGAAGACCUCCAACUCGGCCACUGUACUCGUCACGGUGUUAGAGCCGGAGUUUGAGGUUACCCUCGCUGAGGUCGUGCCCCCCCAGGCCUCGGGGGACCCCACGGAGCUGGAGUGCAGGGUGUCGGCGGUGCAGCGGCUUCAGGACGGACUCCUGGGCGUGGCCUGGGACUACACCGAGGCCUCACCCGCCGACCAGCCCACCAUCUCUCGACCAAUCGUGGCGCUGGACGCGCAGGGCAACCUGCAGCCGGGGAGCGAGUACCGCAAGCGCGCGGAGAACGGGUUCCUGGUGCUGACCCGGGCCGAACCCGACACCUUCAGACUGCGCCUCCUCCACACGCAGGAGUCCGACCGGGGACUGUACUCCUGCACCGCCUCCGCGUGGACCCAGCUGCGGAACGGGAGCUGGGCCAAGGGCAAGGAGGUGCCAUCCAGCCCUGUCAGCAUCUCCUGGAUCCGCAAGGUCCCGUCUCUCACGGUGAAGGCCACCCCUCUCCGAGAGGCGUCGUCGGGCGGCUCGACGUUCGAGAUGGGCUGCACAGCGACCCCAGAGAACCUGCAGGACCCGGGAUACUCCGUCCUGAUCCGCGUGGCGGAGACGGCCGGCGGAGAGGCCCGGAAGAUCCUCUCCCUGAGCUCGGACUCGGUUGUGAAGCUGGAGGAGUGGGACGAGCUGGGCCGCGCGGACAGCGUGGUUCUGGAGAAGACCGGAAUGUCAGAAUUCCGGUUCCGGCUGUACGGAGCGCAGGUGACCGACCGGGGGUUCUACUCCUGUGAGGUCACCGCCUGGACCGCUGGUGUGGGGAAGCCCAGGACCGAGGCCGUCAGCGCCGUGUCCAACGCCGUUCAGAUCAGCUUCGCAGACACAGGUCCGGUUUUCAAUGUGUCCAUUCAGCCAGCCCUCACAAGUAUUCUUCCAGGCGGGACCGCAAAGAUCGAAUGCAUCCUGACUGCUGUUGGAGUCUCACCCAAAGCAGGUGACGUCUCGUACGAGGUGCGGUGGUACUGGAACAGGGUCCGCAGUGCGGCAAGCCCCUCCCUGUUGGCCAGUAUGGACCGCCUGGGCGUGGUCAGGAGGGCGGGGCUGAACGGCAGCAGCGACUGCAGCGUGGAGCAGACGGACGGGCAGGUCUUCGCCCUGCGUAUCCACAGCGCCCGGGAUGGCGACGGCGGGGAGUAUCUCUGCGUGGCCACGCCCUGGAUCCGCUCCCCCGCCGGGACCUGGACCAGCGGCCAGGAGCUCACCUCAUCCAGGGUGUUCCUCUCUGUCACCUUCUCACUGUCGGACAGUCUGAAGCUCCCGCUGCUGUACGGGGCGGGGGCCUCCCUGGCCGUGGGCCUCCUCUCCAUCCUCCUGGGCUUCAUCUGCACCAAGUUCUGCUGCCGGAACGCCAAACACACCCCCCGCUCCCGGAACGGCCUCAUGGACCUGGAGAUGGACUGACCUUAUGGGCACUGACCGGGCGCCAUGGCAACCAGCCGGGCCUAGGACAGGUGGGCAGCCCUGCCACCUUGUGACUGAAUGGGAUUCGGAUGGAAUUUAGGAGGGGCUGUGACUCCAUGGACAAGACCACUCGCGCUGAUUUUAACUCGCUACCCGCUGGCUUGUUGCACUGAACUCAGGAAAGUCUCUCCGGCAGAAGGAACAGUUACUUUAUUACCUGUUUUAAAAUGGAGGCCUCUUCUUACAUUAACCCAAGUAGUAUUUUUUGUCUAAUUUUUUUUAACGGAGCUGUUUUAUAUCACUAUCUGUGCGGAGAGAGAGAGAGAGAGAGAGGAGUGCUGGCCGCCUAUGCAGUCUUUUGAGCCCAGAUUUUGGACUGAUUCCUGGCUCCAUUACCAGCUCAGAUUCCAGUCCUACCCCCAGCAUGGUCCCAGACCUUCUCCCAGCAUCCUCUACCAGGCUCUGCCCGUCAGCGGUCCACUGCCAAGAGGCCCACUCAGGACAGUCUCCUUUUCCAAGGUGCAGUAACGACACGUAGCGUUGGUGACUGCGUUCCCUCUAGCUCCGCGUGUGUCCGCCUACUGUCAGCCAAUCGCCUUUUCCCAUCCCGACUCCCUCUCAGACGUGAUUCGCCUUCGUUCUGAUUGAUAGGUGCUACUGACCAAUGCGGUGCCUUGAGCCCUGCGUGCAGUGCUGGACCUCGUCAAACGGCCUGGCUAGCCACGCCCAUCUUUAUCCCAGCAGGAAGUGGAACAGAGACUCCUUAAUAAUGAUAAAUAAUGAUGUUAUUUAGCUGUUCCUCGGUUCCCUUGUCCGGAGCCUCACUGUGUUACAGUAUAAGGGCUAUCGGGUGACCGUCUUAAGCUCUGGGACAAAGAGCGCCCCGGCCUUUUGGCAAGGCUUUCUGAGGGGGUGUUAACUGAUAUGCUGCACACAAUGCCCCUCCCCCCCGACACUUUACCCAACCACCCCCCACCGAAUACCGCACCGCACACGCACGCACACCGACCAAGAGCCCAGCGGGAGCACAACAGCUGCCAGGUGGCCCGCUUCGGAGGGCCGCGGCGAGAAUCCGGUUUUGGGGGAGGGUCAUGUGACCCACGCGGAGGCGUGAGGAUUAAGAAGGCAUUCCCAUGGACACCGAUCCCCGACCGUGCCAACGGACUGCUUCCACCUUUAAUGCACACGAGCCAAAGGCUCUUUUUUAUUGUUAUUUCCAAUUUGGUCAUUGUAUUCUGUCGUUUUUAAGCAUUUUAUAAAUGUGUCUGAUACACUGUUCCUUGAUUUGAAUUGUAUUAUUUUGUUUAAGCCGUAUUUUAUUGUCGAUAAUUUUAUGUUUCACGAACAAUGUGGUGUGAUUGGGAUUCAGUAUGCUAUGUGUGAAAAUCCUGAACAACAGUCAGGAGAUACAUUUCCCAGCUCUCUGACAAAACUCUGGACACAAUGGACACAAUAAAUGUUUUGCAGCCUGA